CACACAGAGCACAUGAGUUCAAACAGUGUUCUGAUAAUUUCCCAAGGCUUUCAAAUCAUUGCUUUUCAAACAAUAUAAAUGGAAUUAGUCACUUUAUUUUGUGGGAUUACUGUUGCCUUUACAGGUAUGGUCUCAGGAGUUGGUGUGUUACCUGACUCUGUGAAUGCAGCUGUUGGAGGGACAGUCAUGUUCUCCACAUCACUGACUCCAACACAAACUCCAUUUAUAUCAAUAGUCUGGAAAUUUGGAGACACAAAUAUCAUCAGUUCAAGUUCUGGUGGUAACUUCACUGCUCCAGAGUAUGAAGGCAGGAUCACUCUGUUCAUCUCUACUGGAUCUCUGGAGCUCAAGAACGUGGCUCUUAGUGACACUGGAGAGUACAGAGUUAGCAUUUUACCAGCAGGUUUUGUACAAGAUGGAGACACUACAUUGAACGUUUAUGAGCCAGUGUCUAAUGUGAGAGUCACAGUCAGCAGCUCAGACUUAGUGGAAUUCAAUAGUUCUUUGACUCUCUCCUGUUCUGCUGAUGGGACCAACCUGACAACUUUCCUCUGGUUAAACGGCAGCACUGAAGUUACAGCCAGUGACAGAGUGCACCUCACUGAUGGAGGAGCAACUCUCACUAUAGACACUGUGUGGCGCUAUGACCAGGGACCAUUCACAUGUAACGUGUCUAAUCCUGUCAGUAGCAGCACCAGUGUCCCAACAGAACUCUCCAUCAACUAUGGACCUGAUGAUGUCAGUUUGAGGACUUCUUCUUCUCUUGAUCACUAUGAGGAAGGUUCAGACGUGUCUCUGUUCUGCUCAGCUGACUCCAGACCUGCAGCUCAGUUUAAAUGGUUUUUAAAUGGAGAGCUGUUGUCUUUUACUGGAGCACAGUUACAACUGAAGAACAUACAGAUGAGUCAGAGUGGAAACUACAGCUGUCAGGCUUUCAACAGCAAAACUCUCAGAUAUACAACGUCUCAGCCUGUGAGGAUCUCUGUGCUGAAGGCCUGCAAUGCUUUGGAGAUCAAACCCUCAGCUAACCCAGCAGUGGUGGGUCAAAGCGUCACUCUGUCCCUGUCCACAUCCACCACCCCGAGCAGUGGGAGCUGGGCAGUGGGGGAGGCCCUCAUACUCACCUGGACCAGAUUAGGUGACCAAGACCAGGUGGCAGUCUUCCCCAGCCAUUUGGGCCGGGCAUCAAUAGAUGGCAGCAAAGCACUGACUUUAAGCUCUCUCAGUGUGAAUGAUUCUGGGGUGUACACCAUGAGAAGCACUGUGGACCCGGGGCUCAGUGCGUCUGUCAGACUCACUGUAAUGGAGCCUGUUUCUAAUGUUACCGCAAAUGCCAGUGCUUCUACUCUGAUUGAACACAAGAUGGGUGCGGUCGUUGCCUUUUGUUCUGUCUCCUCUGGGUCCUCUGUUUCACUGGCCUGGUUUAACAGGAGCUCUGAAGUCACAGCCAGUGACCGAGUCCAGCUCACUAACGGAAACUCCACUCUCACCAUAGUCAAUGUCAGCCGCUAUGAUCAGGGACCCUUCACUUGCUCCGCUUUUAACCCUGUCAGUAACGCAACCAGUAAUGCAGUCUUCUUCACCGUAUACUAUGGGCCUGAUAAUAUGAACCUGACUCUUGGAUCCCAUACCACUGGAUCCAAUGUGACGGCAGUGUGUGCAGCUGAGUCUAAUCCUCCAGCUCAAACACAUUGGGUUUUCAACCAGCAGCUUUUGAACACCACUGACUCUAUACUGGAGUUGUACCAUGUUACUAAAGACCAAAGUGGUUCUUAUUCCUGUUUCGCUUUCAACAAUGAGACCAACCUGAGCCACAAUGUCACCGGAUACCUCGAAAUAAAAGAUGCCACUUCUGGAUCAGAACAACCUCCUGCAGAUUUGUGGCUUCUCUGUGUGCUGUGUUUGGCUGGGGUGGUUUUUACAUUUACUAAUAUAUAA